AUGUUACGUAAGCGGACAGUCGCGACCCGCGCCGCCAGCCGCUCAGCUUUGCAUCAGCUCCCCAACACCACAAUGCAGAUCCCAACUGUUACCCUGGAUCUGCAAGCCUUCCAAGCGGCACAUUUUCCAGGCCACCAAACAGUAAAUCUACCGACGGCGGAGACAGCCUUCGAAGAAGACGAUGACGGACUAGGAUACUACCCCGAUGGGGUCAAGCGGACCUUGACUGACGAGCAGAUCCGCAUCUUCAGACAUAGCGAGAUUCACGCGCUUCUGCGUGCCAAGCAGCUCCAGGAAGACGAUGCCGAGUACGAAGCUCGACGGAUUAUCUCCGAAGAAGGAUCAAGAUGCGAUAACAGUCCCCGAAGCGGAGAGGCUGCAGGGAACGAAGAAAACGCGAAGGAGACCAAGGCUCAGGUUGUUCGGCGAUCGUCAGUGGGAGACAGAUCUCAGAAGAAGACUCGACGUGAAACGCAGGAUGCGCCGUCAGAGACCCUCGACUAUGAGGAUAAUGAGUCGCAGUCGACUCCGCAAAAUCGUUCUUCGCAGCCUCGUAUGCCCCCGUCAGGUCGCAGGAUAGUUUCUUACGAUGAUUGA